GGACUCUGAACGCUACAUUUUUAAUUGUUCGAAACCAUUUAAGAUCGGCUUCCCUACGAUGCUUGUGUCCGCGCAUGCGCAGUAACGUAGCUCUCCGAAAGUAUCGCUGAUCGGAGAGAACGGCUCGAUCGACUGCGCGAGACGCGAUGAGGUAUGAUAUAAUAAUUCAUAACCACUAAAGACAUGGUUGAAACACUGGAGUUUUGACAUUUUAUGCAACCCAAGCUCUUCGUAACGAUGAAACUUCUACUUCCAACUUCUGUGGACAGCAAAGUCAUUUUUCUUAUUUAAAAAUGUGAGCCAGCGGUUCAACGUCCAGACUCUUCCUGGCAUGACUCAAAACCACUGGUCUCACAAAUCUGCUAGUAAUACAGGAGAAUCCAGAGAACGGGAUCAGACAUGACGGAUGAGCUGAACAGGGCGUCAGCUGAACCGGAGACGAUGCAACCGGAAGAGACUGUGCUGGUUGGAGCAGACGUUGUUACUGUGAUUGAGGAUAAUGCAGUGGAGAACAGCGCACCUGGACAGGUGACGGUUGAGUUGCUACCUGACUGGCUGAAGCCAAUGGAGGAGGAUGAAGAUGAUGGUGGUGAAGGUGUCAAUAGAAAGACCAAUAAUGACGUUCCUAAAGUAAAACGACGCAGAGGUCGGCCUCCGAUUGCCAGAAAUGCUAGACUGGGACUUACUCGUUUAGAUUUCAAGAAAGGAUUGCAUGCAGAUCACCCUAAAACUAAGACUGUUCAUACUCUACUGGACAGAACACGUUCAAGUCUCACAUCAGGUACUGCCAUUCCCGUCCCAGAUCCAACCCGCAUGCCUGAGGUUUUACCCCAGACACCCCAGAGCAUCAUUCACAGCCCGACGUCGACAUCCCAAAGACCCCGACUCAUCCCCAUCUCACCUACAGGGGACAGCAGCCUCUCCAAGAUCCCCGACACUGAGUUUCACAGCCCUCUGCGCCUCACGAGGGUAUCGCCGCUCGGUAUCGACAAAUCUGUCACACAGAAUUUCAUUCACUCUCCGGCUGUAAAAGUGGGCAAUGUUACCCAACAGAUCAUUUCCUCUACUGGAGUGGGGAACGAUGGCACUGAGCCGCCCCUUCGACUCUGGCUUUGUCCCUCUCUGGAGCCCAUUAGUCCUACAAAAUCUCAGGAUACAUUUUCAGAUCAGACUGUAAGUUUACCAAAUUUUCCGGAGAUUACACGUAAUGGAACAGCGACCCUAAAGGAAAGUCUUCCUUUUCUCAGUAAAUGUGAAAGCUGUGGCGGACCAUUUUCUGCUCAGAAGAUCGGAGACACAUUGUGCUACAGAUGCUGCAGGAUUAAACCAGAGAAGAAGCACUCUCCUCCAAAUAUUGUGUUUAGGAAGGUGGGGCAGGAUCAGUGGGAGGUUGGGAAAACAAAACAUCCAAGAAAACAAAUGCUGAAACAACAUACCAAAUACAAGAAAAUGGUAAAAACGGAUUUUGUCCCUGAUGGUGAUGAAGAUGAGGAUGACUGGGCUGCAAAGAAACGCAAUCGCAGGAUGUGCCGGCAGUGUGUUGCGUGUCUUCGGGAAGAUGACUGUGGCAAAUGCGACUUCUGCAUGGACAAGCCCAAGUUUGGUGGCAGUAACAAGAAAAGGCAGAAAUGUCGCUUGCGUCAGUGCAAGUUUCAGUCAAAGCUUCAUGCUCACAGAGCAAAUGGAAUGCUAAAUCCAUCCCUUCCACGAAGAAGGAAAAAUGUGAAGCCCAAGCUCAAGAGACGCGGGAGACCAAGAAAAAGGAAAUUCAAAAGCGACCCCUGGGAGGAUGAUGACGAAGUGUCUGAUAAGGAUGAUGAUGAUGAUGAAGAAGACUUGAGGCAUUAUAAGAUGAAUGGCAGGAAGGGAGGAAGGAGGAAAUGGAAUUACACUUUUAAGGAAGAUGAAGAAGAUGCGUUCGUUGAGACCGUGAUUGAUGAUGACGAACCGUCCAUCACAGAGGAGGAUCCUGAUAUUUUGGGCAGUGAGAGGUCAGUGAUGGUGUCUAGUGAGAUGUACUCAAACACCUCUGGACUCGGUGCUCAGGGAUUAUACUACAACGUGCCAGGCGUGCCGGCAGCACCUCAUAUGCUUGGAUCAGUACCUCUGUGUAACACCAGUCCACUGCCGAUGGGUGAGGUGAUCAGCUCUCUGCCGAUGGGGGACGAUGUGACUCAGAACGGUUUUCUUCAGAUUGAGAUGGUGAGAGUGGGAUCACCACCAUCACAUUACACAGAAGAAGCUCAGAACACAGAACAGCACGUGUCAGAAUUUCAGCUGGAGCCCACGCCGGUGAUCACUCAGAUCUUCAGUCUGGCGGGAGGAGAGAACGACAGCGACCGAGACCAAGGCCUGAUGGAGCUGUUCACUUCCCUAGGCCAGACCGUGCUGCCCGCUCACUGGGUGGGCGUCAUGGCCAAAGGCCCCGUCCUCCAGCUCCUGCAGUGCUCCAAACUCUCCACCAUGGCUGACACGGUGGUCCAGAUCGAGAAGGGCUUCUUCUACCAGGUCAGUGUUCAAAACCAGCCUCUUCUGCUGAUGCACGCCGUCUACUCGCGCCACCCCACCUGCCUCGAGACGGUCGGUGACGUGGUGUCGCUCUUGCUGGACUUGGAGGAGAUGGGCGUGUGUCAGGGCUACCAGAACUUCCACAUGGGUCCGCCGUGGGAGCCCAGAAUGAGCGUCCGAGCGGCUCUGUGCGAUCUGCUCAUUCCCAAGGACGAGGAACAGUGUCCGAAAUGCACACAGCCUGUGGAGAGUUGAACGGUUUUGAACAUCUAUAAGUAGUUCGAGAGACUCUUCCAGCAGUUCCUAUAAUGCAGUCAGAGCUGUUUCUGACCUCACGAUGAAUCCACAUCUAAAAUGGUGCUUAUUUUUUGUUUUCUUUUUAGAAGUUAGUGACACAACAUUCAAAAAAGGACUCGCAAAAUACUGAGUUUUUCCAAAAUCCCUUCUUUCUGUUGCUCUCCAGUUGGGAUUAGGACAUAAAUACAUUCAGUUCUCAUUUAAACUACCUCUCAAUCAUUUUAUGGACCAAUUUAAACCUUAAACCAACCAGGUGCCCUUAUUGUAGUUUAUUGUAAGCUUACUGUAGUACCAUGAAAUGCAAAGAAGCUAGUUUCCACCAUUGGAUAAAAAAAUAAAAAAAAGGUGCAACUUUUAUCACCAAUUCAGAACUUUUUUCUUGCGAUUCUGAGUUCAUAUAUAAUAGUGCAGACUA